GCACUGUGUAUCGGGGAUGUCUCUAAAAACCCUAACAGGGAAAAGGACAUUAUAGGCCCUGUCUUCUUGUCCUUCCUUCCUACACCAUGUGGAAGGACAGACAGACUCUGCAAUGUCUGAUUUCAGUUCUUCUUGCCUUCCUGGCCUCUGCUUCCUUAUCACCUGGACAACCGAAGUAUAUGGUGCUGGUCCCUUCCCAGCUCUACACUGAGACCCCUGAGAAAAUCUGCUUCCAUCUAUACGAUCUGAAUGAGACAGUGACUGUCAGGGCCUCCUUGCAGUCUAGCUGGGGAACCAGAAGUCUUUCCAAUGAGUUUGUGGUCGACAAGGACUAUUUCCACUGUGACUCCUUCACUCUCCCCAGAGACUCAGCUUCAGAUGAGAAGGUAUCGCUCUCUGUCCACAUCAAAGGAUCAACACAUGAAUUCAACAAAAAGAGUACGGUGCUGGUGAAGAACAAAGAAAGUGUUGUCUUUGUCCAGACAGACAAACCUGUGUACAAACCAGGACAGUCAGUCAAGUUUCGGGUUGUCUCUAUGGAUAAAAACCUACGCCCCCUGAAUGAGUUGUUUCCUCUGGCUUACAUUGAGGAUCCAAAGACGAAUCGAAUUAUGCAGUGGCGGGAUAUUAACACAGAGCAUGGCCUUAAGCAGCUGUCCUUCAGCCUGUCAUCAGAGCCUAUUCAGGGCUCCUACAAGAUAGUGAUAGUGAAACAAUCAGGAGUGAAGAAAGAGCACUCCUUCACCGUGGAGGAAUUCGUGCUUCCCAGAUUUGAAGUUCAAGUAAAGGUCCCAAAGGUCAUCUCUGUGCAAGAUAAAAAAGUAAACGUGACUGUGUGUGCAGUAUAUACCUAUGGGAAGCCUGUACCAGGACAGGUAAAGAUGUAUAUGUGCUCUGACUAUAAGGAUUCCAGUGGGAAGGGACAGGGUGUAUGCAUACUACCACUCAGUUACCAGCUAGACCACAAUGGCUGCAUCACACAAGAAGAAAACAUCCCUGUGCUUCCUUUAAGGGAAAGACAUGAAGCCCAUCGUCUCUUUGUGAGUGCAAGGAUUAUAGAAGAAGGGACAGGAUUUGAGUUCAUAGGAUCUGGGACAUCUAAAAUUGAAAGAACCACAACCAAACUCAUAUUUGUGAAAGCAGAUUCACACUUUAAACGUGGGAUUCCAUUCGUAGUGAAAGUCCGCCUAGUGGAUAUCAAAGGAUCUCCCAUGCCAAAUGAGCAAAUCUUCAUCAAAGCACAUGAACUUGACUACACCAAUGUCACUACCUCUGAUCAGCAUGGCCUGGCAGAGUUCUCCAUCAACACCACCAACAUCGAGGGGUCUUCCCUCACUAUCAAAGUCUACCACAAGGAGGAAAAUUCAUGCAUCCAUCAUCCUUGUACAGCAGAAGAGCACGCAGAGAUACAUCAUGUGGCUCACAGUGUAUACUCCUUCAGCAGGAGCUACGUCCACCUGGAGACAGAGGCUGGUGUCUUGCUCUGCAAUCAGAAUCACAUGGUUCAGGCACAUUUUAUUCUGCAGGGGCCGCUCUUAAGAGUGAUGGGAGAGCUUAUCUUCUAUUACCUGGUCAUGGCCAAGGGCAGCAUUAUCCAGACUGGAAGCCAUACUCACCCCAUGGAGCCAGGAGAAUUUCCAGUGAAAGGCGACUUUGCCCUGGAGAUCCCUGUGGACUUGAGCAUGGCUCCUGAGGCUAAAGUACUCAUCUACACCAUCUUGCCUGAUGGAGAAAUGGUUGCAGAUUCUGCAAAAUUUGAAGUUGAAAAGUGUCUUCUCAACAAAGUGGACCUGACCUUCACCCCAGCCCAAAGUCUUCCCGCCUCACAGGCCCAUCUGCGUGUUACAGCUUCUCCUCAGUCCCUCUGUGGCCUGAGAGCUGUGGACCAAAGCAUGCUGCUCCUGAGGCCUGAAGCUGAGGUUUCCCCUUCCUGGAUAUACAAUCUGCCAGAUAUGCAGUCCGGCAAUGCCAUCCCAGGUUCACACCAACUAUUUGAAGAUAGACAAAUGUGUUGGUGGGGUGGAGAUAAUGGUGGACUCCCACCCUUACGGCCUGAUGAGAGGGAUGUCUACAGUUACGUGGAGGACAUGGGCUUAAAGGCAUUCACCAACUUGAAGAUCAAACAUCCUAGACUAUGUGUUUUAUAUGGUGGAUUUCCUCCAAUAGCAGUGCCUGCUAAGGCAUAUGAUGAUGGGACUAACAGAGAACGUGAAGAAAUCAUGAACAUACCAGUACAUAAAGAUCCACCACCAAAGAAAGAUCCACCACGUGAAGAUCCACCUGCUGAGACAAUUAGAAAAUACUUCCCUGAAACCUGGAUCUGGGAUUUAGUCACAGUAAACUCAUCAGGAGUAGCUGAAGUGGAAGUGACAGUCCCUGACACCAUCACUGAGUGGAAGGCAGGAGCCCUCUGCCUGUCCAGUGACACUGGACUUGGCCUCUCCCCUGCGGUAUCUCUCCAAGCCUUCCAGCCCUUCUUUGUGGAGCUCACGAUGCCCUACUCUGUGAUCCGUGGAGAAGCCUUCACGCUCAAGGCCACCGUGCUGAACUACCUCCCUACAUGCAUCCGGGUCGGUGUGCUGCUGGAAGACUCCCCCGAUUUCACAGCUGUCCCAGUGUCAAAAGACGAAGAUUCUUACUGCCUCUGUGCCAACGGGAGGCACACCACAUCCUGGUUGGUAACUCCCAAAUCAUUAGGGAAUGUGAAUUUCUCUGUGACUGCAGAAGCACGACAGUCCCCAGAGCCUUGUGGUUCUGAGGUGGCCACAGUUCCUGAAACUGGGAAGAAGGACACAGUUGUCAAAGUCCUGAUAGUGGAGCCCGAAGGAAUUAAGAAAGAACACACCUUCAGUUCACUGCUCUGUGCCUCAGAUGCCGGCAUAUCUGAAAAAUUGUCCCUGAUGCUCCCACCAGCAGUAGUGAAAGAUUCAGCCAGAGCCCAUUUCUCUGUGUUGGGUGAUAUCUUGAGUUCAGCCAUAAAAAACACACAAAAUCUUCUUGCAAUGCCUUUUGGCUGUGGGGAGCAGAACAUGGUCCUUUUUGCUCCUAACAUCUAUGUACUGAAAUAUCUGAAUGACCAACAGCUGACGGAGAAGAUCAAGUCAAAGGCCAUUGGUUACCUCAAUGCUGGCUAUCAGAGGGAGCUGAACUACAAACACAAGGAUGGCUCCUACAGCGCAUUCGGGGAUCAGGGCGGCCAGAGUCAAGGAAGCACUUGGCUCACAGCCUUUGUGCUCAAGUCUUUUGCCCAAGCUCGAGCCUUCAUCUUCAUCGAUGAAACACACAUCACCCACGCCUUCACCUGGCUCUCCCAGCAGCAGCAGGACAAUGGCUGUUUCAGGAGCUCUGGAUCGCUGUUCAACAAUGCCAUGAAGGGUGGAGUAGAAGACGAAAUGACUCUCUCUGCCUAUAUAACCAUUGCCCUUCUGGAGAGUUCACUUCCAGACACACAACCUGUUGUCUCCAAAGCGCUGACCUGCCUGGAGUCAUCCUGGAAGUCGAUAGAGGACAGGGGAAAUGGCAACUUUGUGUACACCAAGGCACUGCUGGCCUACGCUUUCGCUCUGGCAGGGAACCAGGACAAGAGAAAUGAAAUCCUAAAAUCACUUGAUACUGAAGCUGUAAAGGAAGGCAACUCCGUCCAUUGGGAAAGACCUCAGAAACCCAGGAAUUCAGAGAGGUAUCUGUACAAACCCCAGGCUCCCUCCGCUGAAGUGGAGAUGAAUUCCUAUAUCCUCCUCACUCUCCUCACUGCCCAGCCAGCCCCAACCCCUGAGGACCUGGCUUUGGCAGUGAACAUCGUGAAGUGGAUCACAAAGCAGCAGAAUUCCCAUGGUGGCUUCUCUUCCACACAGGACACUGUGGUGGCUCUCCAUGCUUUGUCCAAGUAUGGAACAAUUACUUUUUCUAGAAGUCAGAAAACUCCUCUGGUGACCAUUCAGUCUUCAGGGACAUUUUCAAGAGAGUUCCAAAUAGAGAACAGCAAUCGCCUGUUGCUGCAGCAGGCCCCACUACCAGACAUCCCUGGGGACUAUGACAUCAACGUGUCAGGGGAAGGAUGUGUGUAUGCUCAGACAACGCUAAGAUACAAUGUGCACUUGGAGAAACAGGAGUCUGCAUUCACUCUGCGGGUACAGACAGUACCUCUGACAUGUGAUAACCCCAAAGGCCACAACAGCUUCCAGAUCUCACUAGAAAUCAGUUAUACAGGGAGCCGUCCAUCCUCCAACAUGGUGAUUGUUGAUGUGAAGAUGGUGUCUGGUUUCAUUCCAUUGAAACCAACAGUGAAAAAGCUUGAAAGAUCAGAGCAUGUGAGCAGAACAGAAGUGAGCAACAACAAUGUCUUAUUAUAUGUGGAUCAGGUGACCAAUCAGACACUGGCCUUUUCCUUCGUCAUUCAACAAGACAUCCCAGUGAGGAACCUGCAGCCUGCCAUUGUGAAAGUCUAUGACUACUAUGAGACAGAUGAUAUGGUUUUUGCUGAAUACAGCGCCCCCUGCAGCUCAGAUAAACAAAAUUCUUGAAACUCAUAUCUGAGGACAAGACAUUGCUGGAAUCCCCGAAUCCAGGAACCUUCAGGGUGGUAAUUUGUGUUUGCCUCUGCAAUACAAAUACUGAACAAGCAUAGUAAAUAAAUGCAUACUUCUAGAGAG